AAAAACCCAAAGCCCUUCAGGUUCUAGGGUUAUUUAUCAACUAUAUUACACGAAUAUCCAACAUUUUUUUAAGAAAUCGAUAGGACGACGAAACUGAAUCCUCUCAUUGCUUCCCUUCCGCCCUCGUCUCACUCGAAUCACGCGGGAAGCAAUGGCCGUAUCGGAAUCGGCUACUGAGGCCGCCGCGAACGGCCGUCUUAUUAAGCCAGAUCCGCAGAGCAAUGGCGGAUCCGUCGCCAAUAAUAAGAAAGCACGCGAGAGCGACCGACGCCGCCGUCGCCGGAAGCAGAAGAAGAACAAGGGCAACAAGCACUCAUCCCUCGCUGACGAUGGCGAAGAGAGCGAUGAUGGGGGAAUCGGCGGCGAUGAAGAUAAGGAGAACGCCGAUCCUCGCCAGGAGAUCGAUGUUUCGGUGGAGGUGGAGUAUGUUCCGGAGAAGGCAGAUUUGGAUGAUACUUUGCUUGAAGAGUUUAAGAGCGUGUUUGAGAAGUUCAGCUUUAAGGAUUCUGCUGCUGGCGAGGACGAUGAGAAGAAGGAUGAGCUAGCUGCUAAUGCAGAGGCUAAGAAAGAGGACUCUGAUUCGGAUGAUGAGCCAGAUACUCAACAGAAGGAGAAAGGGCUCUCUAAUAAGAAGAAAAAGCUUCAAAGGAGGAUGAAAAUUGCCGAGUUGAAACAGAUAUGUACAAGGCCUGAUGUGGUUGAGGUCUGGGAUGCAACAGCAGCCGAUCCAAAGUUACUUGUAUUUCUGAAAUCAUAUCGAAACACUGUACCUGUACCACGACAUUGGUGUCAAAAACGAAAAUUUUUACAGGGCAAGCGUGGUAUUGAGAAACAACCAUUUCAACUUCCUGACUUCAUUGCUGCUACUGGAAUAGAAAAGAUAAGACAGGCAUACAUUGAAAAAGAGGACAGCAAGAAAUUGAAACAAAAGCAACGUGAACGCAUGCAACCAAAGAUGGGAAAGAUGGACAUUGAUUAUCAGGUUCUGCAUGACGCCUUCUUCAAAUACCAAACUAAACCAAAACUGACAACACAUGGUGAUCUCUAUCAUGAAGGAAAAGAAUUUGAGGUUAAACUAAGGGAAAUGAAACCAGGAAUGCUGUCUCAUGAACUAAAGGAAGCUCUUGGUAUGCCUGAGGGUGCUCCGCCACCUUGGCUUAUUAAUAUGCAGAGAUAUGGUCCUCCACCAUCAUAUCCCCAACUGAAAAUACCGGGAUUAAAUGCCCCCAUUCCUCUUGGAGCCAGUUUCGGUUAUCAUCCUGGAGGUUGGGGUAAACCUCCUGUUGAUGAAUUUGGGCGUCCAUUAUAUGGAGAUGUUUUUGGGGUUCAACAACAAGAUCAACCUAAUUAUGAUGAAGAACCUGUUGAUCGUUCAAAACACUGGGGAGAUUUGGAAGAGGAGGAGGAAGAAGAAGAGGAAGAGGAAGAAGAAAUUGAAGAGGAGGAGAUGGAAGAUGGCAUUCAAUCAGUUGAUAGCCUUUCAAGCACUCCUACUGGUGUGGAAACACCUGAUGUAAUUGACCUCCGCAAGCAACAAAGGAAAGAACCAGAAAAGGAAAAACCUUUGUACCAAGUUUUGGAAGAGAAAGAAGAAAGAAUUGCCCCUGGAACUUUGCUUGGAACAAGUCACACAUAUGUACUUGGAACUCAAGAGAAAGCAGGCGCUAAAAGAGUUGAUCUUCUUCGUGGCCAGAAAUCAGACAAAGUAGAUGUUACCAUACAACCAGAGGAGCUGGAAGUCAUGGAUGACGUUUUGGCUGCCAAGUACGAGGAAGCCCGCGAAGAAGAGAAACUAAGGAACCAGAAGGAAGACUUCAGCGACAUGGUUGCGGAGGCUGAGAAAAAGAGGAAGCGAAAAAUGCAGGAAAAGGAAGGAAAAUCUAAGAAGAGAGAUUUCAAGUUCUAAAGUAUCCUUUGUAUGCAAACCCUCAGAUCAUUGGCUUUGUUAAGAACUUGUAAUACUGAAACUUUUAACAAGCAGGUUAACAGAUGGUCGACAAGUUCUGCACUGUAGUACUGUUUAUUCUAUGUUCAGUUAUCUGCUUUUAAUCUGGGAGAUCAUGGCAGCUCCUGCUAUAUAGUAUAACAAGUGUAGAAUAUUUUUUUGCAGAUAUGAACUGAUAUUUUUGUUGUCGAUUAUACAGAGCUUUUUAAAUU